CGCCGUUGGCACUCUACAGUGCAAUGCGCAGGGAGCCACUGCUUAUUUAAAUAAGGUGGUCUGGAGCAUCUGAAUCAAAAUAUUCUGAUCUGUCAACAUAUUUUUCAUGGUCUUUCGCAUAAAAGAAAUGAAUCCAUCCACACUGUGCUGCAAUACGAAUAAAGAGGAAGAUGUUGAAAAAGAGAAAAAGGAGACGGAAAAGAUUGAAGAAGAAGGGGCAACACCAAUGUAUACAGAAGAGGUCGAUUGUCAGCAGACAACGAAAAAUAAAAAUCGCAGUGAGUAGAGUGUGAUGUGUGCUAAACGCUGUGGUGUGGUAAAAAGAUUAAAAGCCAGAAGGGCUGAAUUACUGAAGCUACUAAAUAGCGGAAGUAAAUUAGAUUGGAACAAUUCGGUAAAGCUACAUGCCGAACUUGAACGUAUAAAAAAUUUAUAAAGUGAAAGAAAAAAUCAAACCACAGUCACAAACACAUCUACCUACCCUGCAAUUAAAAGUCUCGCUAAAGCUAAUCUAAAAUUACCUCCGCCACAGAAGAAGGGAAUACCCAAGUUAAUGAAGAAGUGCCCAAAUGGCUGCGAGGGACCACUGUGCUCGCCCCAUUGCGAGUACACCUCUGCAGCCAGCACCGGCCACGUCUUGCCAAUCAAGCGAGACCAAGGAGAAGUGAGCCGACAGAGCUUCAUAGAGCGCAUAUUUUUUCAACAUGCACUGCGUUGCAUAAUUUUUUUCAUUGCACUGCGAUGCAUAUUGUUUUUUUAUCAUAUAAAAACUAAUGUAACAC